UAAGGUAAUUUUUUGAGUUUUUGGGGCAUUUUUGUGUGUGUUUUUAGGUCAUCAACAUCCUAACUCUAGUAAUAAGUAUUAUCCCUCACUCUUUUUACUAUAAUUUUCUUCGUUCAUACUUCAAGAACUUAAACUUUAAUUUAAACGCUUUGUUCUUCUACAUUUUUCACACUGGACUUUUCCAUGAGCCGACCAUCGAGUAUCAACCCCAGACCCCUCCACCAUACCUUCUUUAUUACGCAGUUUGUUGAAAAACCCUAAAGAGUUGCCCAUUGUAUUUUAUUUAAGUUACUAAGUUCUACAUAAUACAUCAAAUAUUUUACAGAUAUAGUGUGUAGGCAAAACAGAAAUAAAACCAGAUGAAUAAACUUUGCUGCAUAGUAAGUUUCGAGUGCACCUCGGAAGUGAUAAAUCAUUGAAUACGAAAAAUAAAAUUCCGAGCAAAGGAGACGUAAGGUUUACUUAUUGAACACCGUAGACGCCUAGCAGCAAUAAUAAGGAACCCGUCGGCGGCUCGAAACACGAUGCAGCGACCUGCUGCUGAGGGUCUGGACCACGACGAUGACGUCGACUGCGAUUGGCCGAUGUGCGAAAACGUUUUGCGAUCGCUGUUCGAAGACGUACGACCAACGUCUGCGGCGCCGGCGGAGUCGGUGGACAGUGACGCGGUGGCCUCCGACGUCCAAAGAUGUCUGGCCGAACAGAUUGCUCCGACGGCCGAGAUGAUGCAGCGACUACGACUGCGGUUACUUCUACGUCGGUGGUCGGAAAACGGUGGUGAAGCGGCCACGGCUGUGGUGGUCGAAUCCAAGCGGAUGCAAGUCCGUCUGAUGACCUUGCCAUCGGCGUACGAGGCCGACAGUGAGUACUACGCGCUCGAAGCGGCGUACGUGUCGCGGACGGUGGAAGAACUGUCGUCGGAGCCAUGGGCGGCGAAACCACCGGCCAACGGCUACACGUACACCUUAGGCACAGUGCACAACGACAGCGAGACGCGCGCUUGUCAUCUUCAUGGGUUCACUGACCCGCGGGCCCGGGUAACCGUCGAUUGCGUACUUCUGACGACCGUCCUGCCUCGGCACCGGUCCACCGUCAAGAUGUACUCGACGCUCAGGUGGCCGUCCGCCGACGAUCCGGGCCCUCCCGUUCUGGUGCCUCACCACUUCCAAGUGUUCUCGCGAGACGUCCUGUUCCGCUGACGAACACGUCGUAUCAACGAGCGAACCAAUGGAUUUGUGUCUUUCAAUUCACAAACACGUGUCUACUGAUAUUUGUUAGUAUUAUUUUUUUGCAAAAAAUAGCAUGCUAUUAUUAUUCAUUGUUAUCUCGUGUAGAUAAACGUGUAUUGUAAAUACUUAUACUUACUAUGAAAUGUGUUUUAAAAUUAUAGCUGCUUAAUGUAUAAGUACACAUAAUAAUUUAUAACUUAUAAUGAACUCAUUAUUGUACAAUUCGAUCUAACAACAAAUCAAAGCAAUUACUAAAGUUACAAUUAAAAAAAAAAAAAGCCAGUAUCUGAAUUAUUAUAAUAUUUAGUAUACCAAACUACUUUU